CCUUAAAAUACAAACAGACUUUUGUCCUUUAGUAAGGUUAGAUCCCAGCCAGGAGCUGUUCCCUGGACAGUACAGACCAGCUGAGAUUGUACCCAGAACCGAGGGUUUGCGCAGCUCUGUGUGGGCGGGGUCCAGCAAGCCAUAAGAAGCAUUUGGGCACUGAGCAAACAACGUGCGCUGAGCAGAAGCAGGAGAAGCAACAUGGGAGAGCUGAGUGUCCGCUCCGUUCUGGUGACUGGGGCCAACCGGGGAAUCGGCCUCAGGCUGGUCCAGCACCUGCUGGCAUUGUCAAACCCACCUGAGUGGGUCUUUGCAGGCUGCCGGGACCCCAAGGGACAGCGAGCGCAGGAGCUGCAGAAAUUGGCCUCCAAGCACCCCAACCUGGUCAUCAUCCCGCUCGAAGUCACCGAUCCCGCCAGCAUCAAGGCGGCCGCAGCCAGCGUCGGGGAGCGCCUCAAGGGCUCGGGGCUGAACCUCCUCAUCAACAACGCUGGGAUCGUAAGGGCAAACACGCUUGACAAUGAAACACUGAAGGACAUGGCCGAGGUGUACAUGACCAACACCACUGCACCUCUGCUGCUCUGCCAGGCGUUCCUUCCACUGCUGAAGAAGGCAGCCCAGGGGAGCCCAGGCUCAGGGAUGAGCUGCAGCAAGGCAGCCAUCAUCAACAUUUCCAGCUGUUCGGGUUCAAUCAAAGAACUCUACUUAUGGGAAGGUGUGCAAGCUGUCAGUUACCGCUGCAGCAAGGCUGCUCUCAACAUGCUCACCAGGUGCCAGUCCAUGGGGUACCGCGAAAACGGCAUCCUCUGUGUCACUUUCAAUCCUGGAUGGGUGCAAACGGACAUGGGAAAAGCAGGAGGACACAUGCCCCCCGUGACGGUGGACGCGAGCGCAGCAGGGAUGCUGAAGGUGCUCUCCAAGCUCUCCGAGAAGGACAGCGGGUCCUUCCUGGACUGGGAAGGGAACGUUGUGCCCUGGUGAGGUGCUGGCCCGGCCUCGUGCCUGGAUCCUGGCAGUGGCCCCUCUGCUGCUGCCUGAUCUCUGCUAAGUCCUCAGUAAAACCAUAUCUGACAACAGCAAUGCUCUUGUCUCCAUCUCUAUCUCCAACAGCCUCUGCUCCAUGCUUAUAGCCCAUGGAGGGCAGCCACUUCCCAUGGGUGUUCCACUCCUCAAUUUUGUGCAGCAGCACCCUCUGCUCCCAAGCACUGUCACUUUCAAGUAUCUCAAUAAGUGUCAGCUCUCAUUGCUGGAAAUGUUCCCUGCAGGAGGGAAAGUGACUGGGGCCACCACCCAUCUCCGAGGUGUUGCAGUGCCUGGGGCUGGGAACAUCAAGGGUGAAUCGGGUGUGCAGAAUCUCUCCAUGAAGUUUUCCCAAUGCAGCCAGCGGUUUGGGGUCAUAGAGUGAGAUGGAGUUGGUUUACAGGGCACUGCACAGCCACAAAUGGAGCAGACAAUGGCAAGA